AUGAUCAACUCGACAGAGGGUCCUGUCAAGCAGCAGCUUGAGGAUAAACUGCCCAAGCGAUUCAAGGGCAUCAAAUUUGGCAUUCAGUCCAAUCAAGACAUUGCCAACCAAGCUGUCCUCGAGGUGUCCGACCGAUUGCUGUACGACAUUGAGAACAACCGAGCGCCAUAUCGUCAUGGACCGCUGGAUCCGAGACUGGGAACGUCAAGCAAAGGCGGAAAAUGUGAUACCUGCCAGGACUCGCUGCAGAACUGUAUUGGCCACUUUGGCCAUGUCAGGCUGCCCCUCCCAGCUUUUCACAUUGGAUACCUCCGAUUCAUCAUGUCUAUCCUGCAGGAGAUUUGCAAGGACUGCGGAAGAGUAUUGCUGGAGGAGCCUGAUCGACGGUCCUUCCUCAAGCAGCUACGGCAGCCCUUCCUGGAUAAUCUUCGUCGAACCCAGAUUUGCAAGAGGAUCAAUGAACAGUGCCGGAAGUCUAAGACGUGCCCAUACUGUGGAUCUGUGAAUGGCCAGAUUCGAAAGAUUGGUGUUCUUAAGCUCGCGCACGAUAAAUUUUCCUUUUAUAAUAAAUCUACCGCUGCUAAGAAGGUUCCUCCGGAGAGCAAAGUCAAGUUUGACGACUCAUUCACCGACGCAAAGCGGGAGAAUCCCGAACUUGAGAAACAUCUUCGCAAAGCCAUGGAGGAUCUCAACCCCCUCAGAGUCCUAAACCUCUUUAAAAUGAUUAGUCCGACAGACUGCGAGCUGCUCGGUCUCGAUCCGGCAGAGGGCCGACCCGAAAUGUUCAUCUGGCAGUUCGUGCCCGCUCCCCCCGUUUGCAUUAGACCUUCUGUGGCACAGGACAAUGCGAGUAACGAAGACGAUCUCACGACCAAGCUGGCGGACAUUGUAUGGGUCAGUGGCAUGAUCCGUUCAGCUCUGCAGAAAGGCUCUCCCAUCCAGACCAUUAUGGAACAGUGGGAGUACCUCCAAACCCAGAUUGCCAUGUACGUUAACAGCGAUGUGCCUGGCCUCCAGCAGCCAGGCUUUGGAAAGUCCACCAGGGGUUUCUGCCAACGGUUGAAGGGGAAACAGGGCCGAUUUAGAGGCAAUUUGUCUGGAAAGCGUGUGGAUUUCUCUGGCCGAACCGUCAUUUCUCCCGACCCUAACCUGGGCAUCGACCAAGUUGCCGUUCCCCAACUCGUCGCAAAAAACUUGACAUAUCCUGAAAAAGUCAACCGGCAAAACAUCGAAAAGCUACGGCAGUGCGUCCGAAACGGCUGCGAUGUCUGGCCAGGCGCCCAGGGCAUUCUAAAGAAGGAAGACGACAGUUACUACAAGUUCAAUCUGCGAUUCGGUAACAGAGACUUUGCAGCCAAGCAGCUCAGCUACGGUGAUGUCGUCGAACGGCAUUUGGAGGAUGGUGACAUUGUGCUGUUCAACCGUCAACCGUCUCUACACAAGCUUAGUAUCAUGAGCCACGUGGCCAAGAUUCGACCUUGGAGGACGUUCCGUUUGAAUGAGUGUGUGUGCAACCCGUAUAACGCUGACUUUGACGGUGACGAGAUGAACCUCCACGUUCCGCAGACUGAAGAGGCGCGAGCUGAGGCUAUUAACCUCAUGGGUGUCAAGUACAACCUUGCCACGCCUAAGAAUGGAGAACCUAUUAUUGCUGCCACGCAAGAUUUCAUCACAGCUGCCUUUUUACUAAGUAGCAAAGAUCGAUUCUACGAUCGUAAGUCCUUCUCAUACAUUUGCAUGCACAUGAUGGAACAAGGAACCAAGAUCGAAAUCCCUCCACCUGCCAUUGUAGCACCAAAGGCUCUUUGGACGGGUAAACAAAUCUUUAGCGUCAUGAUGAGACCGAACAAGGAUUGUCCCGUCAAAAUCAACCUCGACGCAAAGUGCAGAGCGUACAAGGCACGACCUGGCCAGUGCCCUGACAUGGAUCCCAAUGAUGGCUGGCUCGUCGUUCGCAAUUCAGAAGUCAUGUGUGGCCGUAUGGACAAGUCAACAGUUGGGUCCGGAAAGAAGGACUCUAUAUUCUAUGUUAUUCUUCGAGAUUUUGGACCAGAUGAGGCAGUUAUUGCCAUGAAUCGAUUGGCCAAGCUCUGUGCCAGAGCACUCACAAAUCGAGGUUUCUCUAUCGGUGUCGGUGACGUCUUCCCCACGGAGACACUGACCAUCGAGAAGGAAAACCUGGUAUCGACAGCAUACAAAAUGUGUGACGACCUCAUUGCGACUUUUAAGCUCGGCAAGCUAGACAAGGCUCCAGGCUGUAACAUGGAGCAGACUCUGGAAAAUUCCAUCUCUGGUAUUCUCAGCAAAGUUCGACAGCAGGCCGGUUCUUACUGUAUCGACACCCUCAGUCGCAACAAUGCUCCCCUGAUCAUGGCACAGUCUGGUUCCAAGGGCUCCGACAUUAACGUUGCGCAGAUGGUGGCAGUCGUCGGCCAGCAAAUUAUCGGCGGCCAGCGAGUUCCUGAUGGAUUCCAAGACCGCAGUUUGCCACACUUCCACAAGAAUGCACGUCAGCCCCCAUCAAAGGGUUUCGUCAAGAACAGUUUCUAUACUGGCUUGUUUCCCACGGAGUUCCUGUUCCACGCUAUUUCUGGCCGUGAAGGUCUGGUUGAUACUGCUGUCAAGACUGCCGAAACUGGUUACAUGUCCCGACGACUGAUGAAAUCUUUGGAGGAUUUGUCGACGCAGUACGACGACACGGUCAGAACUUCUGCUGGUGGCAUUGUUCAGUUCCAAUUUGGAGCCGACAAACUCGAUCCAGUUGACAUGGAAGGUUCCGCAGAGCCUGUCAACUUUAAACGGACUUGGAGUCACGCCGAGACGCUCACUUGGGACAACGAAGAGGCUUCCAUGACCCCCAGCGAAAUUAGGGCAUUCUGCGAUUCCAUGCUCUCGGUGGAGCGAAAACGGUUCCCCAGACACGGAUUAGCAUAUGGCGAGGCUCUUGACUAUGAAGACCAGACCGAUUACGGCAUUGAUGAACACGAGGGUGCCCGACGCUUCCUCAAGACUAUUGAAAAUCAUGUCGAGAGCCUAGCGUCUAAGCUUGACCGAGUACGAGAACUGGCUGGCUUCUCCGGUUCCAAGAUGCUCAAAGCUACGGCCCAAGAUCAUGCAGACCGUACUGCCAAGGUGACGUCAACAACACUGCGUCUAUUCAUCAGAAUGUGCCUGGAGAAGUACAAGAAGGCGCACGUGGAACCUGGUCAUGCUGUCGGAGCGGUUGGUGCUCAGUCAAUUGGUGAACCUGGUACGCAGAUGACGCUCAAGACUUUCCAUUUUGCUGGUGUCGCUGGUAUGAGUAUUACGCAAGGUGUGCCGCGUAUCAAGGAAAUUAUCAACGCCUCCAAAAACAUCAGUACCCCGGUUAUUACAUGCCCUCUAAUGAAUGACCAACAAAUUGAAGCAGCCAGAGUUGUCAAGGGUCGUAUCGAAAAGACGUACAUCUCCGACGUACUGCACUUUGUUGAAGACGAAUGGCGUCCAGGCGAGGGCAAUGUAGUGCUGCAGAUCGACAAAAGCGCUCUGUCGGACCUGCACCUGGGCAUUGGCAUUUACGAUAUUGCCGAGUCUAUCUGCAAACAGCGCAAACUCAAGAUUCUUCGUGAAGAUUUGUCUGUCUAUGGCGAGAGAAUUGUCAUCCGAGUCCGAGAUGCAAGCGAUAUGCCGGCGAGAAAAACCACGCGCACCAAGCCUGCUCUCGAGGACAGCGGCGACAUGCUACUGCGAGCCAACUUCCUGCGUCGGGCACUCCCACAUGUCCCUAUUUCCGGCUACCCCGAGGCCACUCGUGCCAUUAUCCAGACAUCCGAGCAAAACACACAUAAGGUGUUGGUUGAAGGUUACGGAUUGCGCGAGUGCAUGACCACAGAAGGUGUCAUCGGCACCAAGACUCGCUCCAACAACGUCAUGGAGUGUCGUGACGUGCUCGGCAUUGAAGCCGCCCGAAGCACCAUUGCCGAUGAGAUUAGUCAAGUCAUGGGCGACAUGGGUAUCGAUCCUCGACACAUGCAGCUGCUAGCUGAUGUCAUGACCUACAAGGGAGAAGUGUUGGGUAUUACGCGAUUCGGUCUGUCCAAGAUGCGAGACAGUGUACUACAGCUUGCGUCUUUUGAAAAGACCCCCGACCACUUGUUUGAGGCUGCUGCGGGCAUGAAGACGGACCAGAUUGAGGGUGUAAGUGAGUGUAUUAUCAUGGGACAGACAAUGGCUGUGGGUACUGGUGCGUUCCAGGUUGUCCGACGGCUGGGUAUUCGACCAGGAGACACGGCGCAGAAAAAGACUAUAUUUGAGGACGCGUGGAAUUCGGAGGUGACGAGAAAGAAGAAGGCAAGGAGGAGGGUGUAG